ACCGACCACAGUUUCAAAGCAACCUCCGUCAUGAUCGCGUCAGCUGGUCUUUAGUUAGCCUGCCUCUUCGCAAACGAACCGGGCCUCGUGCGUGCCUAACUUUAAAAUCACCCAUCCUACCAAAUCCGACCAAGAAAUCUUGUUGUUUAUCCAUCCUUCCCCAAACUAACAUUACUCGUGUUAGCAAAAUUAAUAAUUUAUUGGAAUUAAAAGGAUCAUUAAAUCAACAACAACAAAAGAAUCAAUGGAUAGAAUAUUUUCUAAUUAAUUGAUUGGGUUUGAUCUAUCGAAUGCAAUCGAUUAAAAUGCGAUCAAUUCAAAAAAAAUGAUCCUAUCAACCAAUCAUUAUUCUUGGUCAUAAUUUAAACGAGCUAUGAUAGAAUCGAUGAAAGUUUUAGACCGUCCGAUCAAGGACGACGAUGAUCGGCCAGUUGGUUCAAUGAACUGACGUAUAUUCGAUUCUACUCUCGUUGUUGAUGUUGUUGUUAUUGUUGUUGUUGUUGUUGUUGUUGUUAUUAUUAUUAUUGGAUGAACGUAGGAAGAAGAAAAGAAGGGAAAACAUCGUUGUAUUCUUUGUGGUCAAAAUAUAAUAAUGAAAAUGAGUGGAAAAUGUAGUGUGUUCGGUGCAUUUGGUUGGUCAAAGUGUAAUAAUAAUAGUAAUAAUAAUAAUAGUAAUAAUAAUAAUAAUAAUAAUAAUAAUAAUCACAGUGCAAUGAUAUCUGUGGUGGUUCUACUGUGCUCCUAUGUAGCAUUGUGUUUAGCCGAAAGUGCGCCAGGGAUAUGCGCCAUGGACGGAUGCAAUUGCACCGUCAAAGCACAUAGUUGGAUUAACGUCAAAUGCGUGUUCACUAACGAUCAGGUCGUGGAACUGUUAGAGGGAACGAUUCCAUCGGAAGCGAUGGAAGUCGAGGUAUCUCAUUGCAGAGAAUUGCGAAUCCAAAGCGGUGCAUUCGCUGGCGGUGCACCAUUGAAAAGGGUCCACGUAUCCGAUAUCUACAGCGUCAUAGCGAAGAGGCAGGCCUUUGAAGAUUUGAGAGCACCUAACACACAUUUAGAAGUUUCCGAGUGUAACAGCGUAAUAUUUGAGAGUCACGCGUUUAGAAAUUCACGUGGUACAUUGAGCGUAUUGAUAUCCAGAUGUAAACACGUUGCAAUCAAACCAAACGCAUUUUCUUGGUUAUUGUGGAUAACGGUGAAAGAGGUACCAACCUUGGAACUAUCUAGCAACGCAUUUAAAUUUGAAUCUGCGCAAUAUGGCAGACAUGGACAAGCAACGAAGAUUAUGUUCCAAAGCGUAAGAAUUACUGAAUUACCAACUGCAGUAUUUCCAUCAUCGGUGGCAGAGGUACGAAUGGACGAUAUUUGGACUAAGGUUAUAAGAAAAGAAGCAUUUUGUGCAAUGUCAAUCUUCCACGUGAUCAUCAGCAACGCCUCGAUAUCGGAAAUAGAAUCUGGAGCCUUCAGUGAUAAGAUUCUUAUCGAGAGUUUAGAAUUCGUUGACGUUAGAUUGAAACUUAUCGAGAGCGGUGCUUUUCGAGCUGGACAUGACAACGUUACUAUUCAAUAUUCCAGAUUAUCCGAUGUUAAAUCCGGUGCCAUUGAUAUAUCAGCAGCAACUGUAACGUUCAGCAACAACGAAUUUCAAAGUCUUCACAAUCGUUCGAUCGUUCUACAUCAAUGGAAUCACAUCGCCAUUGAACAUAAUCUCUUCGUCGAUCUCGAAUCGGAUGCUAUCGUAGCAGAAAUGGACGCCAAACCAAUGAAAUCGGCGCCAAAGUUCGAAUUUUCGUUUACAGGAAAUCACAUAGAACAUGCUUGGCCGGGUUCGUUGAAGUUUAUCGGUAUAUCUCAGCAAGUUAAUACAGCACGAAUUGGUAAUAAUUAUUUCAAAGAAAAGUGUAAUUGCAAAUUGGAAGAUUAUGUACGUGAAAUAACUGGUAGAAACAAUUCGGUAUCGUGGAUGAUGGACUCGAGUUAUUGCAUGGUGGAUAAAUUUCUUGAAAAGUGUUUCAAUUUACCGGAAGGUUAUUUGGACAUGAGAAAUUUCACAAGAUUGAUCUGUGGAAAGGGUGACAGUCACGUUUAUUGCGAAAAACCAAUAUCUAAACCUGAACCAAGUGUGAGUCCACCUAGCGUAGGUCCUCACGUUUAUCCAAGACACAAAGGAUACUUUGACGUUGAAAUGAGCGAUCCUGAACAACUCGAGCGUGAGAAAAGGAUUAUCGUGGUGAUCUGCGUGGUAGCAGUUUUCAUCGUUCUCGUAGUGAUAUUAACUUCGGGUAUUUUAUACAUGAGAAGACGCGGUGUUUGUCCAAAGUUAACAUCGGGUCCGCUGAUGAAUCUAACCAGCUGGUUCUCACCCAACAGUGGUAUGACCGCUGCCACGUCGGCAAGAUCGAUAUCCCGACUAAGUGUUCACGAAUACGCUGGUCUUCAGCCAGAGACAAGAAUACUAGAGGUUGAAACUCAGCCGGAUGUUACCGAAGAGGAAGAGGAGGAGGAGGAAGAGGAGGAGACUGUUGGACUUUAUCAGUACACCGAAGAUAAGGCUACGCAAACAUUACCGGAGGAACUAACAGAGGAGUACCUGAGGGAUCUAAGAGAUAGAUUAAACGAUCCCGAUAAUUAUAGUCAAGCUAGAGAUAUGAUCGAACAUCUAUACGAUUUAAUCAAGGUAGAAGAAAGUUGCAACAACAACAACGACAGACAGACGACGACCAUGGGUAGUGGUAGGGGUGCAUCAGGAGAGGAAAAUACCUACGACGUGAUACGUCCCAAAACGAAAAAGCAACGUGGACCUGGCAAACCUUCGGUCAGCGUUGGUACAAGAGUCCCGUCCCUCGAAAAACUUUUACCGACAGGUUUAUUAAUAACUAGACCUACCAUAACCGAAUACACGGAACCGCGUGACCAAAGAACCAACGAUCAAAAUCAUUUGUAUGCCGAGUUACCUGGUGACGAAACGGUUCCCAGUACAAGUCGUCUCUCACAACCGGUUCUGGCAACUUUAGCUGGUAGAGCACCUCAACCUUUACCACCGGACGUAGUAAACGAUCAUAUUCUCGUUAAUGGUUGUUCCACAAAUAGAGGAGAACAGCAAAGAGAACUCGACGUUCCAGAAAGUCCAAAGUUGGAAUCCCUCAGGAAUCAUCAACAAGGGAGGCCGAUGAGUUUCUUGAAAGCUUUAGGAGAGAGUAUUCUCGGUGCAACUAAGAUCAAUAACAAUAGCAAAAGGCCGAAUUCCUUGUUGUGCGAAUACGCCGAACCCUCCGAUGCUACCGCUCAUCUUUACUCCGAAUUACCGGAACCUCAAACUUCAACACCGGCCGCUAAAAUGGCAAACAGACCACUGCCUACCAAACCCGAUCAAGAAUCGAGUAAUACGGCUAAAGCGUAAUCACGCUUAACACCGAUUAAUCUGUGAUAUAAAUAUUAUGUGUUAAUGUAUUGUGUCGAGAAUGACUGACGAUUAUGACUAUGAUAAAAUGUUUAUCAAUUUCCUCGUAACUCGUAUCGUUUUCAUCGUUCAUGCUCCUCAUUUUACAAUUUUCAUACUAAACCGUAUAAAAUAUGAAGGAGCAUUUUUAGUGGGAGAACAAGUUUUAUUAUUAAGUUGUAAAAAUGAUUAAAGAAAAACAUAUCGAGAA